GAAUUAAUUCAAAACGAUUGGAUGCAGUCACCAUCUUUCUCUUCCUUAUUUUGUUCCUAACAGCUUUGCUUUGAUAAAAAACCCUAGAAAUUGAAGCUCUCUCUUUCGUAACGUUCCUCUUUCUUAGAAGCUAUAGUUUCGUCAAAUUCUUCUACUCCGAGUUGGUUAUAUAUAUCUUAGGUUUUGCUUGGAUUUCAAAGCGUCGUUCGUUCUGUAAAUUCUUGUUUUAUUGCUGCUCAGGAAUCGUGAAGUUCAGGGCGGCCCUCGGAUAUUUGGCAAGUCAUUCUUAGUUUUUCUUUCUUUUCAUGUAGGAUUUGUUGCUUUAAACGAGUAAAAAAACAAGGUAUCGUUUCACGACUAAAAAGAAACUAUGCUUGGAAUAGAUUUCUACGGUCUUAAGAACAUAAAAGUAGAACCUUUCUUUCUUGUUUGUUUGUUUUAUUCGGAAUUUAGAACUGAAACGCGAAAUGGGGAGGGGCUUCAGUAGAAAGAAAGAGAUGCAACUUCUAUGGAGAAAAUUGCCAAAUAGUUCUCUCUCUCUCUCUCUCUCUAAAUCCAUAUAUAUUAAUUAUAGGGUGAAAUCAUAGAAAACAAAAGCAGAAAUCAAGUGUCUAAAUUACGUGUAUUUUAAAAGUAAGCUUGAAAAAGAUCAUCAUUCUUAAUGUUUUUUUUUCCGAAUCCUGAACUUAAAUGAAGAAAGAAAAAAAAAAAAGAAAACCCAAAUUUGAGUGGAUCAAGAAAAAUAUAUGCCCCAUGAAAUAUUUGUCAUGGAAAAUAGAAAAAGAAAGAAACAAAGAGAACCUCGAAAUCCUCUCGAAAUCAUGUGAAUCUUUGUUUUCAUCGUUUUCUUUUUUCCUUGAAUUUGAAUUUUAUCAGCGCCCUCCAUUUCAACUUUAAUUAGUUGCAGAAUUGCUGCUUUUUACUUUAAGUUGAUAUCGUUUCAAUUGAUUGCGAUAGAACAGGAAGAAAAGAAUGAAAUUGUAGCCGGCUUCCAUAGUAAUGCAACAAGAAUUUGAAUUUCUUUUUCAAUUUUGCAAGUUGCAAAAAUUUUUUGUCUUAACAUCUUCUCCUUCCGAAGUUAAUUAUUUUUUCAGUAGUUUGCAUGACUUUUUUCUGAUGUUCUCUCCAUAAAAUCGAGAUGUCAGGGUACAAUGAAAAAUGACGAAAAAAAGCAGACUUAUUAUUUAUCUUAAUCUUCAUUCAGUUAAUUAAUUGAUCAGUCAACGCUUUUAGAACUUACAUUUACUUGAAUACUAUUCUCAACUCAAAAAUUUUUAAUCUCAGUACUUCCCCUGCCAAGUCUAACUGGUAAAUGGUAUAAGCAGAUAUUACUUCUGGGUCUACCAGAGUCCAUAACAACAUCAUUUACUGAAGGGAGGCUUGUGGCUUGCUCUUGGUCUUUUUUCUAAAUUUAUCUUCUGAAGGGAGCUGUAGGUAUAUUUAGAUACGAUGACAGUUAACACUCCAGCUACACCUGUUUCAAAGAUAGACAGGACACCAGUGUCUACCCCAGGCGGCACGAAAGUAAAGGAAGAGAAGAUUGUUGUAACUGUAAGGUUACGACCUUUGAGUAGAAGGGAGCAAUCACUCAAAGACCAAGUGGCAUGGGAAUGCAUAGAUGACCAGACUAUUGUCUUCAAGCCACCACCUCAGGAUCGCCUUCUCACGCCAGCCUCCUAUACCUUUGAUAGAAUCUUCGGACCUGGUUCCUCUACUGAGACGGUGUAUGAAGGAGUGAAGAAUGUUGUUUUGUCUGCAUUGAUGGGCAUAAAUGCCACCAUAUUUGCUUAUGGGCAAACUAGCAGUGGCAAAACUUACACAAUGAGAGGAAUAACGGAAAAGGCUGUAAAUGAUAUAUAUACUCAUAUAAUGAAUACUCCCGAGAGAGAUUUUACUCUUAAGAUUUCUGGAAUGGAAAUUUAUAAUGAGAAUGUCAGGGACCUGUUAAAUUCAGAUUCUGGUCGCAAUCUUAAGCUUUUGGAUGAUCCAGAAAAAGGAACUGUGGUUGAGAAAUUGGUAGAAGAAACAGCCAAUAGUGAUCAGCAUUUGAGACAUCUGAUCAGUAUUUGUGAAGCUCAAAGACAAGUGGGUGAAACUGCCCUAAAUGAUACCAGUUCGAGAUCACACCAGAUUAUAAGGCUGACCAUAGAGAGUACUGUUGGUGAAAAUUCAGGUUGUGUGAAAUCUUUUGUUGCAAGCCUGAACUUUGUGGACCUUGCUGGAAGUGAAAGGGCUUCACAAACACAUGCAGAUGGUGCUAGGCUCAGGGAAGGAUGCCAUAUUAACCUAAGCUUAAUGACUCUCACAACUGUAAUAAGAAAGCUCAGUGUUGGGAAAAGAAGUGGUCAUAUUCCUUACCGAGAUUCAAAGCUGACACGGAUAUUGCAACAUUCUCUUGGUGGGAAUGCUCGUACUGCCAUCAUAUGUACCCUCAGUCCAGCAUUGAGCCAUGUGGAACAAUCUCGAAACACUCUCUCCUUUGCUACCCGUGCAAAGGAAGUCACAAACAGUGCCCAAGUAAACAUGGUGGUUUCGGACAAGCAACUGGUGAUACAUUUGCAGAAGGAGGUGGCUAGACUUGAAGCAGAGCUGCGUACCCCGGAGCCGUCUGCACGUUUAGAUUCAGAUGCUUUGUCCAAGGAAAAAGAUCUGAAAAUUCACGAGAUGGAAAUGGAAAUUGAAGAACUGAAGCGCCAAAGAGAUUUUGCACAAUCCCAAUUGGAUGUAUUACGCAGGAAAAUACAAGAGCAGCCGGCUUGUCACGCUUCUGAGUCACCUAGUCCCGUCGUAAAAUGCUUAUCCUUUUCUGGUCCCCUGUCAUCAAAGCUUGAUGGAAAGGAGCUUUCUCAUCGUGAUAAGACAAGAAAUACAACGGGAAGGCAGACUAUGAGGCAAUCCUCAACCGCUCCUUUUACGCUCAUGCAGGAAAUUCGCAAACUUGAACAACUUCAGGAGCAGCUUGGUGAAGAAGCAAACCGAGCUCUGGAAGUUCUACAGAAGGAAGUUGCUUGUCAUAAACAAGGUAACCAAGAUGCAGCCGAGACGAUUGCCAAGUUGCAAGUGGAAAUAAGAGAAAUGCGAGCAGUGAAAUCUGUAGCCAAGCAAAUAGAAGUUGGAGAUAUGGCUGCUGCUAAUGCUAACAGAAGUGUCGGUGCAAACCUCAAAGAAGAGAUCUCCAGACUACAUUCACAGGGGAGCACCAUUGCCAAUCUCGAAGAGCAGCUAGAAAAUGUUCAGAAGUCCAUAGACAAGUUGGUAUUAUCUCUUCCUAGUAAUAAUGAACAAUCUAACGAUGCGACUCCAAAAUCCAAGGGUCAAUUGAAGAAGAAGACGCUUCCUUUGUCCUCGAGCAAUAGUGUUAACCGACAGAAUCGUAUAAGGUCUCCCUGUUCACCUCUGUCAUCAGCUCGUGAUGUGUUAGAGUCUGAGAUUGAGAACAAGGCUCCAGAGUGUGAUGACAACAAACCCACUGAGGCUUUGCCAGGAUCUGAGAAAGUGACCCCGGCUAAGAGUGAAGAUGGUGGAGGAGAUAUCACAUCAAGGGAAGGCACCCCCUGCCAUCGCCGUUCAAGUUCUGUUAACAUGCGGAAAAUGCAUAAGAUGUUCCAAAAUGCAGCCGAGGAGAAUGUGAGAAGCAUAAGGGCAUAUGUUACAGAACUGAAAGAACGAGUGGCCAAGCUUCAGUACCAGAAACAGCUACUUGUUUGCCAGGUGCUGGAGCUAGAAGCCGCUGGAUAUGAUUUGGAUAAUGAGAGUAUAAAUGAACAAGAACCACCUGUACCGUGGAAUAUCACAUUUCAUGAUUGGAGGCAGCAGAUCAUCCAGUUAUGGGAUGUAUGCCACGUGUCAAUUAUACAUAGGACACAAUUCUAUUUGUUAUUUAAAGGUGAUCCCGCUGAUCAGAUUUAUAUGGAAGUGGAGCUUCGUCGGUUGACUUGGUUGCAGCAACACUUGGCCGAAGUUGGAAAUGCGAGCCCUGCCCACUUUGGAGAUGAACCAACAAUCUCUCUAUCGUCAAGUAUCAGAGCAGUGAAGCGCGAGCGGGAGUUCCUAGCCAAGAGGUUAAUGACACGAUUUACUUCAUGGGAGCGAGAUGCACUCUACAUAAAAUGGGAUGUUCCAAUUGACGGAAAACAGAGGAAACAUCAAUUUGUUAAUAAGUUAUGGACUGAUCCUCACGAUGCUAAACAUGUACGGGAGAGUGCUGAGAUGGUGGCAAAGCUGGUAGGGUUCUGUGAAGGUGGCAACGUCUCAAAGGAGAUGUUUGAGCUUAACUUUGCGCUUCCAGCAGAUAAGAGGACAUGGAUUUUGGGAUGGAACCCAAUUUCUAACCUUCUACAUUUGUAGGCAUACUUCUUUGGUCUUUUAACUUUCAUAAUUAUGGUCUCUCUGAGAUGCUCCAAUGCAUAUCUGUAAAUAUACAACAUUGGAUGUUUCCUUACAAUUGUUACAUCUAUUUUCAUUAUAGUUGGACUGAAUAAGUGGACUACUGCUAUUGGCAAUUUGUAAUUCUCAUUCUUUCUAAUAAUAUACUUGAUUCAUUCCUUCUUUCCUGCAACA